GCAAUCCAAGUUGGAGGCCUUCUUUGCACCGCCGGCCUCCGUAAGAGGCAUGCGGCAGCUGGACAGAGCUGCGUUUCGGCGCCAGGCAACGCUGCCGGCCGUUUUCCUGCCAGAGCCCACCCUCUGUUCCAAGUUUCUCCGCAAGUUGCAACACGUGGUGCUCAGGUACCCGCGGAUCAAGAAUGUCCAAACGAGCGUGGGAGAAGGCGAGAAGGAAGAGAAGGUGGUUCUCCUCACCCCAGAAUCAUGUCUACAGACUCCCCUAUCACCCGACGACCUCCAGUGGAUCACUGACAACCGAGGUCGGAUGGGCACCCACACCGUCUCUCUGGACUACCACAGCUAUUCACCUCGCGCUGUACUCGCCGCUGUCCUCCCAGCAGACUCCGAUGAGAUUCCCACCGGCUUUGAA